AAACCAGAAAAACUAAAUUUAAUAAAUUUUCAUGAAAAAUAUUCAAUUAAUAUUUAACUUGUGAAAUAUCCAAUAUAUACUAAAGUUUUUCGAUAAAAAAAAAUAUUAAAAAGGACAACCUACAUUAUCCAAAGUUAAGAAAAUGUCUCAAGGUGCUGGUACUGCUGGCACACCAUCAGCUUUACAAAAUGGAUUCAACAAAGUCUUUAUCCAACGAGAUUAUAGUGAAGGUACUGCUGUUAAAUUCCAUACCAGAUUACCUAGUGAAUUGGAAGGCUUGAUUGAACGACAUGUCUUCGAGUCUACAAUAAAUAGGCUAAAUGAAUUCUUUGCAGAGGCCGAAAAGGGUUCAUGCAGUACCUACUGCGAAGGCUGUAUUGGUUGUAUUACGGCAUACUUGGUGUACAUGUGCUCGGAAACGCACUAUGAAAAAACUCUGCGUAAAAUAUCGAAAUAUAUUGCUUCCCAAAAUGAACGCAUUUACCAUCCAAAAGGCUUACAAAUUAUAGAUCCUACCUAUCGUGGUUUACGUGUUAUAGAAAUAACAAUUUUAGAUCGUCCUGGACGAACGUGACUUCCGCUUUCGCACUCAACCGAAGAGUUUUUUAUGUAAUACUUAAACUAUACAAAAAUAACAAAACAGUGGAUCUUUAUUUUUAACUAAUUUUAAUUUAGAGGUGUUAUUUUAAAAAUUUUCUUAAGACAAAUGUCUUUGUUUGUUUGAUUUUAAGAUGUUUUUGGCAGUGAAAACUGCAAUUUUCAUUUGCAAUUUGUAAUUCAGUUCUAAUACUUUAACAUCGUUUCUUUUUCGAAAUUAUACCGAUGCAAUUGUAUAUUCUUAUUUGUAAAACAAACAAAUCUUACAUAAGUUUAAAAAUUGUUUACUCAAUCAAGCGGGAAUAUACAGUAUAUGUUAGAACAUUUUAAGUUUGUGUAAGGAAUUUUUGUUUCUUAAGAAAAAAACCCCAUAUUAUGAAAUUUAAAUAUUUGAUCAUGAAAAUAAAAACGUAAAGCAAAUGACAAAUAUCAAAGUCAACUUUUUAAGAAAACUAUAAAAUCAUCACAUACAAAUUAAAAAGUUUCAAAUUAAUAAAAAUCCAGUUGAAAUAAUAAAUAAAAAACCUUAAUUUCAUAGAAAUGUAAGUUUAAAUUUAAGCUUUUUGGUAAAACCUAUAAAUAAAUAUGCAUUUUUUCAUCCCAAAAACAAAUACAAUAAAAA